ACAAUAUAUGUAGCGCGAAAUUCAAUCAGUGAGUGCAAGAUAGAAAAACGGGUGGCGAAAUUGUUGUUUCUGGAUGAUUGAAUGAAGAUGGGUGUUAAGUCUGAUGGCGUGAAGGCUUGGUUGAGAUCUCGUCAUAUAUCUGUGCUAGGAGAAUGGGUAGAAGCAUGCAUGGAAUGGAUUCAAGAAGAACACCAGGGUACAGUGUUGUCUGGCAGCCAGCUAUGUAAGAUGGUGUAUGAGCAGUGGUUAGAUUCAGAGCUGACUGAGAUUGCUACCCCAUGCCUUCCAGCAGGUAUAAAACAGGCCAAGAAGACACAACUCAAAGGCAACUAUGCUCUCCAGGUUAACUGUAUUCAAGACAUAUCAAGUCCAGCGUAUGCCCAACUCACCAAGCUCCAAGGCAGGGAGAAUGAGAAUGAUUCAGUAACAGCAGUACCUGCUACACAAGGAAAGUUUGAGCCACCUUCCAGCCGAAUGCUGAUGCUGUCACUGACCGAUGGUCAAGAGACUAUCCAGGCCAUGGAAUACAGGCCUGUGCCUGGCUUUACAGCUAACCUCAACCCAGGAGCAAAGAUCAUGUUGUCAGGUGAUAUGCAGUGCAGACUUGGUGUGAUUCUGCUGACCCCUGCUCAUGUCAAGGUUCUCGGUGGUGAAGUAGAAGCCUUGAAGGAGGCUAACAGCCAAGAGAAGAUGCUGGCUAGAGCAAUUGGAGUGACUCCGCCUGAUAGACCAGUUGGUAGCAACAAUCGGGGUCAGGGUACAACUGCCACUGUCACAACUACUACAGGACAAACCACCACCACCACCAACAACACCACCACUGCUCCCGUACAGAAUCAACCUGUCACCACCAUUCAAAGGCAGCAGUCAAAUCAACACAAGACACUACCAAGGGACACCUCUCACAAGGCUCCUGUAAAGCAGGAGCCACGAGUCAAUACACCCACUGAACAAAGAUGGAAUCAAGGUCACAUAAGGCAAAUCUCAGAUACAAAGCAAGGUGUUCAUCAUGGAUUUAACCAAGGUCAUUCAAGGUCAAACCAAGACACCAAGCCCACUGGUCAUCAUGGAUGGAAUCAAGGUCCCUCACGGUCAGUACAAGACACCAAACCAGUUGGUCAUCAAGGGUUCCAAGACCCUUUUCUCGUUGAUGAUGAUGAUGGCUUGGAUGAACUCAUGCUGGAGGAGCUGGAGAAUCUAGAGAAGCAAGAAGCACAGAAGGUAAAGCCUGAGCCAGAGCUGUCUCAUCAAGAUUGGGAUGUGGAAGACAUCGAUGAAGAGGAUCUCUUAGCCAUGGAGUGGGAGAGCAGCAAUAAACAGAUGCAGAAUGGACAAAGACAGAACAACCCUAGAGAACAACCAUAUCAGAGACACUCUACUGCUGUCAGAUCAAGUAGCAAUCUUCAAGAAAAUAGAGGAGGAAGCUCCAUCAAACCCUUCUCAAGUGUUAGUCACAGUUUACCUGGCAGCGAAAGAACAAAGAUACCCCCAGUCAAGACCCAGCUGCCAAAAGCUUCAAACACAUCUCCUACAUUCGCUUCCAAUGUUGUACCCCUGUUCAAGCGUGAGAUGAAACCACCAAGUGCUUCAAGGAUAUCUCAAGGUCCUCAGAGGACAGAACUCUGUGUAGUCCAGCCAAUUAACUCAACAAGAACACAGCACGUGAAGCACGGUGAUCAGCAUAGCUUUGGUAGAGCUGAUAGAGGUGUACAGCUGCCUGUGAACACAAAGAUAGCAGUCGCUACACGGAUCAUGAAAGCAGAAUCCGUUUCUCAGCAAGGCCAUGGGGAUGUGGUCCAGGGAGCCGUAGGCAAGACAGACGUGGGUUCGAUAUCGGAAGGCUCGGAGAGGAGAGAUUUUGUUUCAGCGCAAAGUCUUGUGAAGUCUGAAGAGGGCGAGAAUGCUCCUAAGAGAAUGAGAAUACACUCUGGACCCAAGUGUACCCGUCCUUUUAUCUAUCUCACCAAGAUGGCUGACCAGCUGAAGAGGAAGGAAGCAUGUCGUUUUGAUAUCAAGGGCUUUAUCAUGACUCUUGUGUCCAGUCUGUCUCAUAACCCAUCCUGGAGUCUAGCUGCUAAGAUCAACGAUGGCACCAUGUCUCUCGAUGUAGAUAUCUCAGACAAGGUUUUGUCUAAGAUGAUUGGUUUCACUGUGGCUGAAAUGAUGGAGAUGAAGGCCAGUAUGAAAAAGAGUGAAAAGGAGAAAGCAAAUGAAAUUAAAGAGUCCAUUAAACAGGGUAUUGGUCGUUGCCAGCAAGCCUUGAUAGAUCUUUCCUGCAUCAUGACGAUUGAGGUGAAUCCAGAGUACCCUAGACCCUUGGUGAUCGCUGUAAGGCAACCUACCAUGGAUGAUUGUAAUGCUCUUCGUCGGUGCCUUGAGGAAAGUCAGUGGUUCGCUUGUAUGAAGCGGUGAUAGAUCUUUCUUGCAUCAUGACAAUUGAGGUGAAGCCAGGGUACCCUAGACCCUUGGUGAUCGCUGUAAGGCAACCUACCAUGGACGAUUGUAAUGCUCUCCGUCAGUGCCUUGAGAAAAGUCCUUGGUUUGCUUGUAUGAAGCAGUGAUAGAUCUUUCCUGCAUCAUGACAAUUGAGGUGCAGCCAGAGUACCCUAGACCCUUGGUGAUCGCUGUAAGGCAACCUACCAUGGACGAUUGUAAUGCUCUCUGUCAGUGGUUUGCUUGUAGGAAGCCUUGAUAGAUCUUUCCUGCAUUAUGACGAUUGAGGUGAAGCCAGAGUACCCUAGACCCUUAGUGAUCGCUGUAAGGCAACCUACCAUGGAUGAUUGUAAUGCUCUUCGUCAGUGCCUUGAGGAAAGUCAGUGGUUUGCUUGUAGGAAGCAGUGAUAGAUCUUUCUUGCAUCAUGACAUUUGAGGUAAAGCCAGAAUACCCUAGACUCUUGGUGAUUGCUGUAAGACAACCUACCAUGGACGAUUGUCUAUCGGACUCUUCAUCGGUGCCUUGACGAAAGUCAUCGCUGUAAAGCAACUCACCAUGGAUGAUUGUAAAACCUUCUGGCAGUGGCUUCUUUGUCAAGCUAUGACUAUGUCUCUCCCGCAUCGUGACAUUAUACAUGUGCAUCAUAAACUUUUGCUUUUAAACAUUUAAAUGUAUUUUAAUGUUUGCAUACACUCAUUGAGGUGUUUUUUAAGAUUGUAUUUCAACCAGGGCCAUGAUUAUUUCAACCAGGGCCAUGAUGAAUAACAGCUUUGCUGAUCAUGUUUACCCUGAAUAAAGAUGUAUAAAUAAUUAAAAUAAAUCAAUAAAUUAUGGAUGAAUAGCGUACCCUAAAUCCUUAAUGUUGUUGUUGUUGUUAGAUUAUUUUUUAAGGCAAUUCAUUAAAAACUGACUAUUUAUGCCUAUGCCUAUGAUGGCUGUGAGGCAACAUUUUAUGGACCACUACAACACUCUUCAUCAGUGCCUUAACGUAGCUGUGCAAAAAGCUUAUAUCAAUGAGAACACAAAUCAUUUGCUUUAAAGUUGUGUAAAUAUCAAUUAAACUCUUCAAUAAACAUUUUCCAAGACCCUUCUUAGAACUUCAAAUCCUGGCUUGAAAGCGAAAUAUACAAGUUCUGAAUCAUGACGUCCCACUUGGGACGGGGAGCCGGAGCGCUAGCUCGGGGCGCUACUGAGAAGCACACAAAAACAUACGCAUACACAAAUUUAGGUAAUGAAACUUUAAAAUUGCCUAUUUUGCCAUUUAUAUAAAGUAAGAAUGACUUAUGCAUUUAGAUUAUUCCAAAUAUCUUGUUAUUUUUUGUUGUUUGUUAAGAUGUCAACUUAUGAAUGGGGAUUAUGAUGAUGAUUUUCUAUGCAGUUCAAUCACUUCUGUUAUCAAUCCUGAGACUGAAAAUCAGUAUAAUGACGUGCAGUUCCAUUUCCGACAUAGAUCUAAUUGUAAUUGAUAUUUGGAGGUUUGAAUCCUGCAUUGAUUCAUCUAUGAUUUAAUCUGCUUGAAAAUAGAAAUUUGCGAAGAAUGAUCUUAAUUAAACUUUCCCAAAAAUCCAAGUUGUCUGCAACCCUCAAACCGCAUCUCUGUCAUUAAAAGGCAAACCGAGCCCUUCUCCCAACCAUGCCCAGGGCUCAGGUUCAUGCAGAUAUGCUAUGACUUGCCCCUUAGCUGCACUAUCAACGCCAUCUUCUUCUUGUCGUAGUCUUCCUCUUUCUUCUAUCUCUCCUACCUCCCCAUCAUACACUAUCAGCAUCACUGUCACUUGCUGUGAAGCUGUUUUCAUCAAUUGGAGGUAGGGAGUGGAUGUGAUUGUGUUCUAAGCUUUCAGUAGGAUAAUGGAGGCUUAAUCACCUCAUCUAUUUGAUGACGCUGUGACAGACCAAUCAAACAGCUGCCUGAUUUUUAUAACCGAUUGGGUAUUGUUAUUUUUAUGCAAGGCUUGCAAUGCUGCAAACUUUUCAAUUUCCGACUCCACUUUUAAUAGUCACUUCGCCAAACAGACUCCACUCUGAUUCCAAACCGACCGAUUCUUGGACAUUCUGGAUAAUGUCAUUUUUUGUUUGGUCUUUUGUCAGUCUGGUCAGUGUGAUUGAUGUAUAGACAUAUGACUAUUCAGCUAGGGCGUCACUAUACCAUUUUUAAUGGAGGGUGACUGAUAGACCAAAUUUGCCAACAAGUAGCUUAAGGAUUGUAACAAAAGAAUGUCACCAGUCAUCAGAAUAUACCUUAGAAUUCACCCACAACCUUUCACAUGUAUUUUUUUUCUUCUUCUUGUAAAUGGGGGGGGGGGGGGGGGGGGUUGACAAAUCCCUCUAGCCAUGCCCCUACUAUUCAGAGGUGUGGAAGAAAUGUUGCUUAUCUGAUGUAUGUUUUUUCUAAUGUGAGAUUAUU